AUAGUUGUCAUUGUCACUGACUGAUCUCAUUCAUGUGAAACAAUAUUUAUUUGAUUUUGUUUGUGUUUAUUGAAUUUUAUUGUAUUCGGUUGAGAAAUCAAUAAAUAUUAAUACCUACGAUUAAUAUUGAUAAUUCUUGGUGACCUUAUUAUUGGUCAAUAUGGAUAAAAGUGUACAAACCAUGUCUGGAGAAGAUUGUGACUUAGAACGUGGAGACAAUGAUGGCCCAAAAUCCGACAAAAUGUUCACAUUGAAGAAAUGGAAUGCUGUGGCCAUGUGGAGCUGGGAUGUUGAAUGCGAUACCUGUGCUAUUUGCAGAGUUCAAGUGAUGGACGCGUGCCUGCGAUGCCAGGGGGAAAGUAAGAAGGACUCGUACGGCAAGCAGGACUGCGUAGUGGUGUGGGGGGAGUGCAACCACAGCUUCCACUUUUGCUGCAUGUCUCUGUGGGUCAAGCAGAAUAACCGGUGCCCGCUCUGCCAACAAGAGUGGUCCAUACAGCGCAUGGGCAAAUAAACACGAAGCCAUUCCAGGCGCACUCUAUUGUGUUUUUUGAUAAAAAUGAUUUUGUAAAAUAAUUGGCCACAUUUAUCACAAUAUCACACUAUUUUAUUACACAUAUGUUUAAUUUAAUUUUUACGCUUUACAGAAUAUGCAAUUUAAGUAAUCAGUCAUAACCGCUUACUUAAGAGAAAGCAUUUUCUCCCUCAAGACGCUUUUUGCUAGGUUCUAUGAACUAAGAAUCAUAAUAAUAAUUAUUAACUCACGAUUAUAUAUGUAAUUAGAAACGAGAUAUGAACAAAAUUAUCUCAUCUAUAUUUUUAUUGCCUCAUAAAUAAUAUUGAACAUCUAGACAAUUCACUCGCACUCUUUACGAUAAAUAAGGCCAAAUUAUCUUAUAAAGCGGUAUAACACCUGUAAGUUUAUUAAUUUGACUUAUAAAUUGCACUUUCUCUGACUGUUCAUUAUGUGUAACGAGAAAACACGAGAUAAGUCCGAAGAUGGUGUUAGGAUAUGUAAGUUUUUAUUUUGUUUAAUGAAUAUAAUUAUGUACAUAUGAA